AAUUUAACCCCUUGGGUGACUGGAGUUUCUACUUUAUCCAAGUUUGCUAGCUAUUACUUUCUUAACGGAGAGAAGAGAGACAGUCGAGGGAGGCGACUUCAAGCAGUCCCUCGCGAAAUGGUGUUGAUGGUAGAACAACCAGAACGAGCUCUCACUCCGCUAUCUACACCAGAAGUAAUCAAGUCUGUGAAGAAAGAUGCGAGAACAUUUCAACCCAACUCAGAAGCCGAGAAUGGCGAAGACAAGCAGAGGAGAGUCGGGAGGAUGGGUGUGGAGACUCCACUCUCCAUGGACACCCCAGAGUCCGAUGUUUCAGAGAGCAAGAAGAAGCCUCCGCUUAUGAGGUUCAAGCCCGUCGACCAGCUCUCCCCACUGCAAAGUCCAAGCGACAGCGAAACAAAGUUGGAGAGGAAAAAGUCCCAGUCCUCACAGUUUUCCAAAGCCAAUGCACAGUAUCACAAAAUCUUCAAGGAAAUCAGCAAAGAUGAAAUACUCAAACAAAGUUACACUUGUGCCUUGCAGAAAGACAUCCUUUAUCAGGGCAGACUGUUUGUGUCUGAUAACUGGAUCUGUUUUCAUUCCAAAGUCUUUGGCCGAGACACCAAGAUUAUAAUUCCUGUACUCUCAGUAACUCAUAUUAAGAAGUCAAAAACCGCCAUAUUGGUGCCAAAUGCCAUUGUGAUCUCCACAACUAAUAAAGUGCACGUGUUUGUAUCAUUCCUGUCACGCGAUGCCACCUAUAAGGUUCUGAAAUCUAUCUGUAUACACCUAGAAGGAGAGAUUAUAGGCUGCAGUCCCGUAAUCUCGUCGGCUGAGAACAGCUUCAGAGCUGAAUGUCCAUCUUCACUUCCUCUGGAUUUCUCUGCUGAGUUCUCCGACUUAGAUGGAGUGGUGCGCCAAAGGAGACAGGAGAUGCUUGAGAGCAGCAGCUCUGGCUCACAGACGCCCGACUAUGAGAAAAUGGCAGAGUUUCCCAGCCUCCCAGAAAAUUUCCUGAAUGUGGUGAAGAAUGGCGAGGUAUCAGUUCACGCCGACAUUCACCUCCAGACACCCAGCGCGCGCCACGGGACUCAGCCCAACGGCACCAGCAAACCUGUCCUGGGAGACGUUCACCAAGACAAACCGUCGCAACCAUUGUCUCUCAAUACUCUUCUGCUCAUUUAUAUGUUUCUAGUGUCCAUCCUUGUCCUGUCUUCAUGUUACAUGGCCUUCAAAAUUGUCGUUUUGGAACAGAGGCUGAAUUCCCUGGGCUCAGUUGGAGAGUAUCAACACAAUGAUAAUGCUGUACACCACCGCCCACACUCGGAGGUCAAUGCAGAGAUGUACGGAGAGUUGUCCACAAAUCUCUUCAAACUUGAAAAGAUUCAAAGAAACCUACGAAAGCUCCUAGAAGAAACCUGAAAAACUUGAUCUCACCUGUUAACGUGAUGCCGCCUUUGCAAAAACCUGGGGGAGAACCAUGCAAAGGCCAAACAAUUCUUUUGAACGAAGAGCAUCCGCUGUUGUGCAAUAUGCAGAAUAUUCUGUCUUCUACUCAGGACCACACAACACUUUUGCAUUUCUCACAAUGUAUUUCAUGGCUGGUAGAAGAACAGAAGACGUAAGCUUUACUCACAGUUCUAUAAUUGGACUGUGCUUGGGUGUAUAAAUUGGUCCCAAGGACCUGCGAUUUCCACAUUUCAUAAAAUAUGGUCAAAUCACAAAGACCUGCUGUUCAUAUUUAUCUUUGACAUAUUUCAGAUGGCAAUAAAAUAUUUAUAGUUUGCUUAAGAUCCUCUAAUGAUGCAUUAAGCAGCCUACAAGUAGUUUUCAAGUGCCUCGCUUUUGGAUGAAGACAGCAUUCAAUUACAGUAUGUGGUACAUAAUAGUAUAUUGUUGGGUGACUGUUUUUAAAUUGUCAUUUUAUUUCAGUUGAAUUAAUUUCUAACAUAAUGAAAUGUUAGUCUCACCAGGUUAACACUAAUUUGUUGCUAUUAUAUAGUAAUUAUUGCCUACUAAUGUCCAUUUGGGUCUAAAGUUUCAAAAGGGAAAAAAAAAGUCUGUAGUUUAAGCAUUACCAAAACACAGGCCUGUAAUUCCCACUAGUGGUAGAAACACAUUUGAGCCUGAAAAAAAUGUUUUGAAAAAAGGAAUUUAAAUGUUAGAAUUUAAUUGAUAGAAUGUACCUAUAGAUUAUUGUCUGUGUCUUAAAGUUCUUUAGCUGCACUAGAUUUAAAGAUUAAUUGAAUUUGCAAUCUUGACUACAAAAUGGUGAGAGCUAGAUAUUACAAAUGUCAAAAUAAAAGCACUAUUGUAUUUCAA